UCAGUGCUCCCUCCCCUCCAAUUCCCUGCUCCUGUCUGAGCGCGAGCCUGUCUUUCCCCUCUGAACCUUCACGAGUUCUCCCGACACCCGCGCGCCCCCUUCUCCAGUCAACAUGGCUACAGUUGUAACCUCGACACGAUUCACGGACGAGUAUCAGCUGUACGAGGAGCUCGGAAAGGGUGCCUUCUCUGUGGUUCGACGGUGUGUCAAGAAGUCCACCAGCCAGGAGUAUGCUGCAAAAAUUAUCAACACAAAGAAGCUAUCAGCUAGAGAUCAUCAGAAACUGGAGCGGGAAGCCAGAAUUUGUCGUCUGCUAAAACAUCCAAACAUCGUACGACUUCAUGACAGCAUUUCAGAGGAGGGCUUCCAUUACCUCGUCUUUGACCUUGUGACUGGAGGGGAGCUGUUUGAAGACAUUGUUGCUAGAGAGUACUACAGUGAGGCAGAUGCCAGCCACUGCAUCAGUCAGAUCCUGGAGAGCAUCAGUCACAUCCACCAGCAUGAUAUUGUACACAGAGACCUCAAGCCUGAGAACCUCCUACUGGCCAGUAAGAUGAAGGGAGCAGCAGUGAAGCUAGCAGAUUUUGGUCUAGCUAUCGAAGUGCAAGGCGACCAACAGGCGUGGUUUGGUUUUGCUGGAACUCCGGGAUAUUUGUCCCCAGAGGUGCUGAGGAAGGACCCAUAUGGAAAGCCAGUAGAUAUAUGGGCGUGUGGUGUCAUCCUGUAUAUCUUGUUGGUGGGUUACCCCCCAUUCUGGGAUGAGGACCAACACAAACUGUACCAACAAAUCAAAGCUGGUGCAUAUGAUUUUCCUUCUCCUGAGUGGGACACGGUGACCCCUGAAGCCAAGAACCUAAUUAAUCAGAUGUUAACUAUCAACCCUGCCAAAAGAAUCACUGCUGACCAGGCCCUCAAGCACCCAUGGGUCUGCCAACGAUCCACUGUGGCUUCCAUGAUGCACCGUCAGGAAACCGUGGAGUGUCUGCGCAAAUUCAACGCCAGGCGGAAACUUAAGGGAGCUAUUCUCACAACAAUGCUGGUGUCCAGAAACUUUUCAGUGGGACGGCAGCAUACCAGCCCUGCCGCUACCACCAGCACUGCCGCAAUGGCACAGGAAGCAUGCAAAACCUUACUAAACAAAAAGUCGGACGGUGUGAAGAAAAGGAAGUCCAGCUCGAGUGUUUGUUUGAUGCCAGACAACAGUAAAAACAGUGUAGUAAGCAGCAGCACCAAAGACAGCAGCAUAUCAUCGUCUGCACUAAUGGAAGCCCAGACCACGAUUGUACACAACCCAGCUGAUGGCACCAAGGGCUCCACAGAGAGCUGCAAUAAUGCAGAAGAGGAGGAGAUGAAAGGUAGGAAAGCGCGUAAACAAGAGAUAAUAAAAAUGACGGAGCAGCUGAUAGAAGCCAUCAACAAUGGGGAUUUUGAGGCCUACACGAGAAUCUGUGACCCCGGACUGACUUCCUUUGAGCCGGAAGCCCUUGGAAACCUGGUGGAGGGAAUGGACUUUCACAAGUUCUAUUUUGAUAAUCUUCUCAGUAAAAACAGCAAACCUGUGCACACCACCAUCCUCAACCCUCACGUCCACCUCAUCGGCGAGGAUGCCGCCUGCAUCGCCUACAUCCGCCUGACACAGUUCAUCGACGGUCAGGGUCGGCCGCGCUCCUGCCAGUCAGAGGAGACGCGUGUGUGGCAUCGCCGUGACGCCAAAUGGCUGAAUGUGCACUUCCACUGUUCAGGAUCACCGGCUGCACCCCUGCAGUGAAACAACCACCGAGGCCCAGGUCUGCCUAAACUGCUGGGAGUGUUUCUUCUCCUCGGUCAGAGUCCAGUCUGAAUUUAGCUCGGGAGAAAGCCGUUUGGAAAACACUUAACGUUGGGGAAACCAUAAAGCAAUUUUCAAAAGUUAGAAUACAAAAGAAAAAAAGCAUUCUAAAAGAAUAAAAAUGACCAAUCAAGACAAAUCCAGUCCAUCCUCAGCUCACAGGGGCUUUGCUGACAUCAGCCCCUCUUAUGGAUGGUGCAUGCUUUAGACGGCGACACAGGGGGUGAUGCUGCCAGCUCCUCUUCUCCCAUGGCAUUUGUUUGCCCGUCUUUGUUUUGUCUGUCGUGUGGAAAAGUAUUAUUGUGUUGAAAAUAUAUAUAACAUUUGAAAAAACAAAUAGACUUGACACACAGUGAGUAUGACAGACCGGCAGCUGCAUCUGGAAUUGUGUUGUUUGUCUGGACAGCUGCAGUUGUUUAGUUCAUUUUUCAGUUGAGUGGCACAUAUUAAUGUAAGGGUGGGGUUUAUUGGGGAUGGAGAACUAAAAUCAGCUUAAUAUUAGACUUUAGAGUCAGGUAAGAACAUCUAAAAAACCUAUUUCAAAGGGAUUUAAGCAUUGUGGUCUGUUACUGAAGCCACCUUUGCUUUUACCGCCAUUUUGUAUUUGUCAUUAAAUGCUUUGUUUUAUCUCCUAAAUGAUAGGAUAAUAUUUUAACGUAUUUUGGGUUUUGAUUCAAAAGGGGAAUUUAUUUAAAACUCUAUAAAAUCUAUAUAUUUAUGUGGGGGUAAAAGGGUGAGAGUGGCAUGAGCGGGUUUUUGUUUUCUUCCAGACCCUUUCUGUGAGGUCUACAGGUGUAAAUAUCAUAAAUUAAAAUAAUUGCACACGUACUGCAUGCACACAAACACACACAUUAGCCUGUGCUCUACUUUUGAUGGUGGAGACUGGAGCUUCAGACACAAAGUCCAGGCCAGCUCGCCCUGAAGUUGCAGAAGGCUUCAACCUGCCUGGCCUGCAGUGUUUCCAACUAAACACUAGGUGGCAGCAGUCAGUCUAAAGCUCCACACAUUCUCACCACCUUCUUCCAUGUUCCUGUGUGUGCUGCAGGUGAUGCAUGAUGUACUUGAUCUAACGGCCUGUACUGUUUCUGCACAGACACUUGAGACUUGAUGCUGUUGUUUGCUCUUCUGGGAGGGAAUCUUUCUGCAACUUCAGGUUCUGCUUGCCACCCCCAGCCCUACCUCUAUCCCUCUACUUCCAUCAUUCCUGUUGUCAUCGCCUUGCUUUUGUGACGUUUGAAAACCAGUCCCAAUUUGGUGUGUGACGAUGAUGAUGUCACCCUUCAUCUCUGGUGUCUAUACGGUGUUCAUGAAUUUUUUAUGUGGUCCGUCUAAGCUUGCUGUACUUCUGUGUGGAGCCUUGGCGUUAUAAAAGCGUGUUAAAAAUGAAUGCAGCUGAUGGGAAUGGAUGAAAAAAAAAAAAAAAAAAAAAGCACGAUGGGAAGAGGGCUACGAGACCUUUUGCGGAUGGCAAUCAAUGCCUUUGGUCCUCCUUUUUAUUCACUUUCUGUUGUAAAUGUUGUAGCUAAAUGUUUAAUGUUGAUCAGAAAAAGGAACUGGUGAGAGACUGAGAUGACGUUCACAGGAGCACCACAGCCAGACCUCCUGACACAAACACGGAAGCACACGGGAUCAAAGAGGGGAGGAGGACAUGCAUAUCUGUUGGUGGUGGAACUCUGCAGCACUGUUGUUUCUCUGUCGUAUAGCGUCGUGUGCGUGUGUGACCUCGUUCCAACAGAGGGGUGACGCCCUUCUGUUCAAGACUACUUAGGCUGUUGCUGGUGUUUCAUCCGACGCUUUGGACCCUCACGUCAUCUGUCCAUCCUAUGAUCAGCCUGUGCUCCUAAGUGAAGUGACUCAUCUGACAUGCCAUGAAAACUGUGCCCCCCUCUCCAACUUUGUACCACAAUGACCCAAAACUUAUCGUGUAUCCCAGCACACAAACUGGUUGUUCUUGCUACCAUGCUAAUAAAAUGUAUUUCCACACAUCCUGUUGACAUGGAAACUGAAAACAAAGCUGCAGCAGAGCAGGUGGAUUCUGGAUAGAAAUUCCAUCCUUAUACUUUUUCUAUAAUAGAUCAUGUUCUAUAAAUUAUAAUUUCACAAGUGCUGCUUCCCUUACAUGAUUUUAGCAUUAAUUACAAGUGACAACAAAAAUUGGAUUUUUAUGUACCAUUAAAUUAUAUUUACCAUUAGCCAAAGAAGCCAACAGCCAAAAAGAAUGAUUGGAUACGUUAAUUUGGCCAAAAACCACGGCUGUGCCCUUAAAGUUAAAAUAUUUAACUGUCCACUCCCCUGCAAAGAAGACUUAAUUACUAAAUUGAUAAUUGUAAAAAAAUAUAUAAGUAGAUCAAACUUCACACUUUAAGGAUGUGAAAAAACAAAGGUUUUGAAAGAAUCAUGCUUGAACUUUAGCAUUUGUUAGUCUUAUUUAUUGUGCGAGGUGAUGUUUUUAGGGCGCUUUUAUUGGACGUACAAAGGUGUCUUGAUUUGUGUCGUCAGCCAACACAAAGCCUUUGUGUGGAGGUUUCUUUGUAGUACAACUAUCUGAGCAGAUUUCUAAAAGGCAACCAUUUGUCGAAAUAUUUGGCACUUUUUUGGUUAGAAAAAGUUCAGACUUCACAGCACAGUUAAGAAAUCUAACAAAAAAAAUCCCCUCGAUUUGAUUCUUUCAAUAUUUCUAAACGAAAGGAACCAACAACAGGAAAAACAUGCCUGUGGCUUCAAACUGUAGCAAGAGUUCAAAUAUGUCAGCAAAUAUCAGCUUAGAUUAGGUCAAAAAUGUGAACUGAAAUUUGGGGGAAGAGAUGUUUAAAAAAAAAAAACACAUUUGUACAGUUAUUAUAUAUGCAGCUUUACAUGUGGAUGAAAUAUGCAUGUCUAUACUUUCUGGUGUUUUUUCACUGUUUACUUGAUAAAUGAACAUUUACGUUGUUUGCAUCCUCUGGGUUAAAGAACUGCCUCAGAUGUUUUAAGUUUAAACACAUGGAAGAUGAGCAAAAGCCUUAGCUUGUACACACCCUUUUAAAAAGGUCAAUUUAAUGCAUUGUACCCUGACAAUAAGAGGGGGCUCUAUGUCCGAACUCAGUUUGGAUGCUGGAUUUUUGCAUGACCAUAAAGUUAAUAAAAGUCCUACAUUAAA